GGGAAACGGCGGGACAGCGAGGAGCGGCGAUGGCGCGAGGGGCUCUGGCGCUCGGUGUGCUGGCGCUGCUGGCGCUGCUGGGCCAGGAGGCGGCCGGUGAGGCGCCGAAGGUCGAAGUCUACGCCCGUUCACGCGCCGAGGAGGGAAAGGAGAACACCCUCCACUGCUUCGUCACUGGCUUUCACCCACCCAAGAUUGACAUCCAACUCCUGAAGAAUGGGAAUUCUAUUCCCGGCGUCAAGUACGGAGACUUGUCCUUCAACGAGAAGUGGCAGUUCCAGCGCCUGGUCUAUGUGCCCUUCAUCCCCACAAGGGGUGACACCUUCAGUUGCAGGGUGGUGCAUUCUUCCAUGGCCGAGCCACUCAUUUACCGAUGGGAACCAGACUUCUGAGCUGGGAUAAUUCAUGCUCUCCAUGCAGAUCAUCCUGGAAGUCAAAGUCUUCUCAAGCCUGUGUCCAUUCUUCAUCAUAUGCACAAGAGUGAUCAGCUUCCUUUCAGAAAUUCGCUAAUAAGCCUUGCUAAAAAUAUCACUUAACCACAGCAUCAAGGGAUCCCUGCAGACUUUUUGAGCAUAUAGCUAAAAAUGCCCACAUUACUGCUUAAAAAAAAUGGUAGCUCUUCACUGCUCCAAAUGUUUCAGGGUGUUUAUACCUUAAUAAACUGCUAGUCCUUAAAA